GGGCGCCUGUAUUGUUCCACGGCUAUAUAAGGUGUACCACCGAGCGGUCCGGCCAGCAGAAAAGCAUCAGGUCGUGGAUCAUGGCUAGCACGAGGCUCCUCCUUCCUUUCGCGUGUCUCAUCCUCUCGGCAUCCGCCCUGCCAGGCUACGAAGUCUAUGGAGCGGCGUACCACGGUCCACCAGCGCCCCUGGCUCACGACGGAAGGGUGAUCGACACGCCGGAAGUGGCGCACGCCAAAGCAGCACACUUGGCAGCUCACGCGGCUGAAGCAGCCAAAGCGACACCAUACGGUUAUGGCGAUUAUUCCGACGUAGGGAAGUACGAGGAUUAUAGCGGCUCGUACGUAGCCACGGCUCACAAUCUCUAUCACGGACCGCCUGCACCCUUGGCCCACGACGGAAGAGUGCUCGAGACACCGGAAGUGGCGCACGCCAAGGCUGCACACUUGGCAGCCCACGCCGAGCAGAUUUCGAAACUGGCUCAGGUUGCAUACGCCGAUCCUUACCCGCAACCCCAUUGGACACGAGGUUACGGGACACACACGAUGUCAUUGUUAAUGGCUGGUAAAUGUUACCGGGCAGGGCAAGGCAGGCGUUUAAAGCAGAGCAUUUCCCUGGGUGUGGUUGUGUACCCCCGGGUUGUCGCCAACGGGGUGGGGCACGCGACGACGCCCUGUACCCCUAUAAAUUCGUCGAUACUUGGUUGUCCAAGUCAUAAUGCCGGAUACCACAAGCUCUGUCAACAGUCGCUGGAUCGACCUCCGCUGAGCUUCGACAACAUGUUCCGAUAUAUCAUUUUCGUUUCUGUCAUCGUCAACGUGGCCUAUUCUGCGCCGCAGUGGUACGGUGGGCCAGGUUAUGGCCACGGAGCUCCAGCUUAUGGCCACGCAGCUCCAGCUCCGUUGGGACCAGACGGAAGAGUAGUGGACACUCCAGAAGUCGCCCAACUGAAAGCAGCUCAUCUAUCUGCUUUGGCCGAAGCGAACGCUAGGGCACCCAAGGGGCCUGCUGGUCCUUAUUCCGGCCCUGCUGGUCCCUACGCACCCGGAGGCUACGCUCCGCACUACAGUGGCCCGCCGGCUCCUCUCGGACCAGACGGUCGCGUGGUGGACACGCCGGAAGUGCAGCAAGCGAAGGCAGUCCACUUCUCUUUGUACAACGCCGAAGCCCAGAAAGCACCGGCCGGUCCAAAUUCAUGGAACCCCGCAGGUCCCUCCUGGAACAAUCCCCAGUGGAACGCCGGGAACGACUGGAAUCACUAUUAACCGAGAGGACAGAGGGCUAAACUGACAGAAAAUAUUCAUUCGUUCCACACUGUGACCGAUGAUUCAAGAGAGUUUCUUCGAGGGAUACUUUUGAACCUCAUCUCAACUUCAACUACCUCCGAUCAGCUUCUACUUCGAGAUAUCUCUCUUAGAAUUACAUUCUGCAACGUAUUUCGCAUCUUUAAGCUAUUUCCUCCUUCUAACUCGCCUCCCUCCCCUUCUGUGAUUCUGUGUCUCGUCUACCUCUUUUUAUUAUCUAUUUUCUAUUCGUUAAUUUUUCGCGAAGCUUGGCUCGGUUCUUAGUUUCCUUCUCUAUGUUUUCGCACGCUGUGAACACGCGACCCAUUGCUUUACUAUCCCGGUGAGUAAUUAUAACGUUGAAUAAAUUUUCGCGAAUAAUUAAGUUCGAUUAUAUUUCGAAAGUCGAAUCUCGAUGAUUCUCAAUGACUUUGCAAAUAACUGUUUCGUUUCAUUGGAAAUUGCGGGGCAACUCUUCUCUGAAAUUCGCUCUGAAUUUUCUGGAACUUUCAAAAUCGAGAAUAGUAUCGAAACGUGGAAAUGUGAUCGCGUGUCAUAGUGUGUAGAGCAUAGAGAAACGAAAUCGUUAGGCGUGUUUGCUUGCCUCCACGAGAUGGAAAUGAAAUAACGGUGGCCUGUACCGUUACAGAUAUUAUCUGGAUAAAAAUAUCCUCUUGUCACAUUCCUCUUCAAGGUGAUCUCUUCAUCGCUUUCGCUCUCGUUAGUCUUUGCGUUUCGCGUGGGAAUUAACCUUUGCACGCGAAUUAUUCACAGACUGUUCAAUAUCAUCGUGUUUUUCUCCCUCUCUUCUUCUUCUUCUUCUUCUUCUUCUUCUUUUUUUUUUUGAUUAUUAAUUAAAAUGAAAACGUGUAUGUACAGUUGUAAAUUAUCGUGCGUGUACAUAAUACGGAGAGGCGAUUAUAUCGGCGAAUGAAAUGAAUAAAAUGCAAUGAAACGUUUUGCUGGGACAAGCAACAUCGAAAAAUUA